AUGGUUCGCGUCGCGGCGGCGCUGGCGCUCUGCGCGGCCGUCGGCGGCGCGCCGGCCGCGGAGCCGCCGGACAGUGCCGUGUCGACGGCGGCGCUGCACGACGGCUGGCACCGGUACGGCAUCGCGCUCCGCGACGCCGGCGACGUCGAGGGCGCCAUCGCCGCCCAGCGGCGCAGCGCCUUCCACGGGCCGUACCUGCCCCACGCCUGGCGCCACCUGGGCAACGCGCUCAUGCGCGGCAGCGUCGCCCUCCUCGACGUCCACGCGGGCCUCGCCUGCGGCCUCGCGGUCGAGAGCCGCGACGCUUUAUCGCUCGCGGACGUCCACCUCGGCGACGCGCACGCGCCCAAGGGCCUCGCGGUCCUCGCGCGCGACGUCUUCCCGCGCCUCCCGCGCGACUGCGCCGGCGCCGCGGCGGCGGCCCUCGACGCCGCCGAGGGGCGCGCCGUCGCCGCGCUCGCCGCGCUCGACGCGGCUCGCGCGCCCGCGCCGGACGCCGUCGCGCGCGCCGCGGCCGCGGCCGUCGACGCGUACUGCGCGGACCUCGACGGCAUGCACGUCGCCGCGCCCGACCACUCCGCGCUCUCGCCGACGGUCGCGCGGCGCGCCUACGCGGCGCUGCGGCUCUGCGGCGUCGCGGGCUGUGCCGAAUUCAACCACUGGUUUGGGUGGUCCUGA